AUGCAACACAGUCCACAAAAGAAGCACUCGGCCGAGGAAGAUGAUGUAAUCACUUGUGAGAAGCUUCAACGCAAGAUCCACGAGUUGGAACUGGAAAGAAAUCGAAUCUUAAUAGAAAAGCAGGUUUUGGAGGAGAAUGCGCGUGCAGAACACCGCCUUGCUGAUAAGUUGAUCACGCAGACUCUGCGACGACGCAGAAGUCGCCAUUCCUCACUGCGCCACCACCUCAGCAGGCGGGACAGAAGCAUGAGAAGUGAUACGGAGUCCUCCUACGCAUCGCAGAGUUCGACCGAACGCCGUGUGAAGCGAAGGAAGGGUGACAGAAGAGGACGUCUGAAGCCCGCCUCAAAGGCCACAGAAGAUGACUCCUCAGAUAACGGAGAAAUCUGUGAGGUAUCAGUUAGUGAUCUGCAGCCAUACAAACCGAGCAUUUAUCCGAAAGUGUGUCUCAUCGCUGGCGAUUCUCUACAUAGCUGUCGAAAUGCUGCUAACUUCCAUGCUUUUGUAUACGAAGCUUACGCGGACAAGGCCAAAAAAAGAGAUUUUCAAAGCGCCAAUAUUUUUGGCAUUCCUUCGGUGACAACUUUGAUGCUACAGAAGGCUCGUUUGAAUCUUCAAGCCGUGGAGAGGGACCUAGUGACGCACGCAAAGACCCCUGAUGUUGAUUCCCCCGAUUAUUUGGAAUACUUGAAAAAAAAGUACUUACUAUAA